GUUUGCUUACCUAACCAUUCGACUCCACCACAGCACGCCUCAUAAAUCUGCAUCAGUCAGUGCAGGCCUACUUCUUAAUGUACAAUGCAGGAAUCUAAACCGCAAAGUGAAGAUAUGCCAGGUGUCAAACGUCAACAUGAUGGAACUUCCAAGGAGAAGUCGGAGGGAAAGUUUGAGGGAUCGGAAGAAAAGACGGGAGCAUCGAUAAGUCCUUUCAUGCCAAUGUUUGAGGGGUUCAGAGCGGAAUUGGACGAACAUCAUGAUCGGAGAGAGAGGAUUAUUAAGGCGGGUAGAGAUAUCACGGCGGGGAGUAAAAAGAUAAUUUUUGCGUUGCAAAGAGUUCAAAAACUCCAUCAGCCUCUUCCUCAGAAAAUAGCCAAGGAAACGUCCGAGAGACUGGCUACGAUUAAUGGUCUCUUUGCCGGUAUAUCACCUGAUCUCACGGGCAUAAAUUCUUGGCGCUAUCAACGACAGAUUUCAGGGGGGAUUCAAGAGUACAUGGAAGCUGUGUCCUUUUCCCACUACUUGACUGAACAAAAAUUGAUCCCUCUCGAUGCGGCUCAAGCUUCCUUGCCCGACGCAGUGAAUCUUACCGGCGAUGACUAUGUUCUUGGAAUCUUUGAUCUGGUAGGCGAGAUGAUGAGAUUUGCCAUUACGAGAAUGGCGACGGAUGGAGAAUUGCCGGGGAAAGAGGAGAGGACGAUCCUGGCGGACUUGAGAGAUAUCCGAAUGAGAUUCGAAGAGCUGGAUACGACUAGGUGUGGAAAUGUGGGAUUGGGAAGGGAUGUGGAGAAAAAGAUGGAGGUUAUGAGGACGUGUGUGGAGAAGGUGGAAACGGCGGUUUAUGGGAUGAUUGUGAGGGGAAGAGAGAGGCCUAAGGGAUGGGUUAUGGAUAUGCCCGAUGAUAGUAAGGGUGCGGUAGAGAGUUAUUAAAGUUGUGUUCGUGGAUAAAAGGUCAUUGGAGAGCACUAGCUACAGUGGAAGAAACUUGGGCUAGGUCGCUUCUUUGUUGAGGACACAACGUAGGAGUGUUUUGCUUGAAGAGUCUUGCAGUAAUCAGGACCUAAAAGAAUCUCAGUACAUGAGAGCUUCCAAUGAAUAAAAUUGUUUUGAAGCUAUCCGAUUCUUCAAUUAUAUGACAACCUCUAGCCA